CUACACAGAACAUCACAACACCGCACUCACACGUGACGAUCUCGUGACCAACACAUCCAUCCUAGCACACUGUCAGGAUCGUAGACGGCUCGUCACACUUGAAACAGUGUACAUUCGCGACAAAAAGCCAAUCAUCAACAUUCAGACAAAGCUGAACACAUCUCUAUCACUGUACGACAAAGUACUCGCGGCGGGUUGACUGAUUUAUCUGUCAUAUGCGCGUACGUAUCUCGCUAUGGUGUUUUUGAUGUGACCUUCCUUCGCGGAGGAUGAACGAAUGUGUUUAGGGUUAUAGCUCAUGUACGAAAACAAAAGUGUGUUAUUUUGUUUUGUAUGCUGUGACUCAUCGACUGAAUAGUUUUAGUAUCAUAUCCGUAAUAUUUGUUCCAAAAAUGUAAUUGAACCCAUUUAUCUCAAAGUAUGACUUCUAAAACUGUGUGACUGUAAUUUUCUUGAAAAUGAUCUCUGAUAGAUCGAAACGUCGAACAACAAUAUAGCUAUGAUAUUUUGUAUUUAUGACAUCUUUUGGUAAUAUUUUACAUUCUCACGAACCCGAACCUCGACAGUGCAUUCGCCGCCUCGAAAGUCUUAAUAAGAAGAAGAUAAGUGCCCAUUAUGCUGUUGUGUUUAACAAAACUUGCAUAAAAGAGAACCUGCUUCCGAACUAUUCGAAUCUACGAUUACACGAUCGAGCAGUACAGCAGGAGGACUUUGUCUAUAAGUUUAGACAGAGCUUGACGGGUGAACAGCUUAAAGCCCAAGAAGAUCUUAUUAAUGACCUUGAGGUAAAGAUCGAGGAAGAGAAGAAAAGAUAUGACACGUUCGUAAUAAGCCAGGACUUACGAAAGAAGACAGAUGAACUUUUGGACAACAUCUUGAUUGAAUAUGAACAAGUAGUGAAAACACGCAUCCUUAAGAAGCUAUCUCAUCUCUACAAAGGCCCUAUCGCUCUACCUGGUAACCCUGCGGGCUUCAUCAAUCUUUCCAGCGUCCAACUGACUUCUGAUCAAGAAAAGUUCCUGAACCUAGGGUUGAAUUGCCAUUUUUACCCAAAGUUUGACCCCCACAAGAAGAAGACUGAAAUAGCUCUACUCUUCGAUGACCUCUGCAAACUGCAUGAUAAAGGUCAGAUCACUCUUAAACCAGAAAUUCAACCUCAACUCCAAGCCGAAGCGGCCAAGAGACGGAUUAAGCCACAACACAGUGUUCUGACUCCAAAUCUAAGAAAAGCCGCACAAGAGCUGCGCAAUAAUGAUGACAUUGUGAUUAGACGUGCUGAUAAGAGUUCGAUCUUUGUGAUUCUCGAUAAGGAGGACUACUACAGCAAAGUGCGCUCUGUGCUACAAGACACUGCUAAGUUUAAGCGCAUCACUAGAGACACUACCGCCGCGCUAAAGACACGGGUUAACAAACUGGUCGAUGCUGCCAACGCUGUGGUUGAUGGGGUUCACUUGCAAAAAGUCACAGGCAGUCUCGGAAUCCGCCUGCUGCGCUCGGAGAUCCCGCGCUACGUGGCGGCCGGCCAGCACGUGCCGCUCUCGUGCCACGUGGUGCUGGACUGGCGCGAGCGGCUGUACGCGGUCAACUGGUACCGGGACGGCCACGAGUUUUACCGGUACAACCCGGGCGAGGUACCGGCCGCCCAGGUCUUCCACCAGCCGCACAUUCACGUCGAUGUGACGGCCAGUAACGCCAGCACCGUGCUUCUGCGACACAUGCGGCCUGAGUCGUCCGGAGUGUACCGGUGUGAGAUCUCCACGGAGGCGCCGCUCUUCAACACGGUCACACGGCACGGAAUGCUGCAGGUCGUCAAUCUGCCGACGCAUGGUCCGAUCAUCAGCGGCGGCCAGGAGCGGUACCGGAUUGGGGACGUGAUCCAGCUCAACUGCACCUCCCCGGGCACCGUACCGCCGCCGCAGCUCACCUGGUACAUCGAGGGAGAGCGGGCGCACCCGGGCCUGGUGACAGAGUUCCCGCGGUCGGUCGGUCCCGGUGGUGUGGUGGUGGUCACCAAACAGCUGCGGCUGACGCUGCUCGACCGGCACCUGGCCGCCACAGGCAGACUCAAAAUCAAGUGCACUGCCUCGCUGGAAAACAUAUACUGGAGGAGCCACGAGCGGCACGUGCACGAGCACGUGGAGGCUCGACCGGCACGUGUCACCGGUAGACAUCUCCGCAACGAGGGCGGCGCACUGAGUGUGUGGCAAAAGUGGCGCGUUGUGGCGGCCGCCAGCUCGCUGCUGCUUCACCAGUCAGUCUGGAGGUGACCGCCCGCUGACCGAGGAUGUCCGGAGCGUUCCCCGCUGGAGGAACCAGGGCCAGACGACCGAGGGGGUCCAGAGGGCCCCCUCCUGCAUGAGCCGGAACUAACUACCGAUCGGUGAAAUACUGACCAGCGAUAAAGCGUCGGCAGAGAGCGAGCGCCCUGAAGGGAAGGCGAAAUGAGAGUGAAAAUGAGAACCCUGGAGAAUAGAGCGAACACCCUGAAGGGCGGCGAACUGAGAUUGAGAACUGAGAACCCUGGAGAAGAGAGCGAGCACCCUGAAUGGCAGGGGAACUGAGAGUGCUCGUGCUGUGGGGCAGAAACUCCGUAUUCCGGGUGAACAGGGAGUGAAAAUCCUGUGGGGCGAGUGAGCUAGGAGCGAAUGUACUGCAUCGUGAAUGACUCAGCCUUGUAAAUACCGCUCAUUUGUAUGGUGCCGAGUGUGGUGUGGUCGCGUUGUCAGCCUGCGCUCUCGCACGGACCCAAGUGACUGGUAUACAGUGGUCGCUCUGAGCUGUAAAAAACAGCCGAGUGUGAUUGGCAGUAUGAAAAUCGCUUAGUCGUGCGCCGGCAUCCCGCAUUUUCGUAUUUACCGACGCGCGUGGUGAUGAGAGCUGCCUGUGUAUGUACAGUUGGCGUUUGCCCGACUUUUAUAUGUAACCAUGCUUACCCAUCUGCUAUGCAUGAUGCUGGAUAACAAAAUAUAAAUGCUUAUAAGCUUCAGGUAUGACUAGGCUAACGUUUCAGGUCAAAACUGCAAUUGGAAUAUGCCCAGAAAAACAAGAACUACAUGAUUUAUGCUUUAUACCAUGGUCUAUCUGUUCCACCUUGUGCUGUAUAGUAGGUAUAGGCUAAGAGAUUAAUGUAACAAGAGCUAAGGUCAAGGUAGCUCGCAAUAUGCAUUUGAAACUACAUUUACCGUCUCUGUAAUAUGGAAAGUUAAAAUAGGAAUUCGGGAUGAAAAUAGGUAGGUAUCAUAUAUAAAAUCAUGUUAACAUCUUUUUUUAAAUAUGAGAUCUCUACCUACUAUUGUAUCAUAGUGCAUUUCGCUAUCCUAUUACUAUCGUAAAAAAACAGCAAAUCAUAUAUACAAAUUGAGUGCCGUAUUGGACGAAAUCUUAGCAUCCAUAAUUCAGUUUUCUUGGCUUGGCGUUACGCAAGUUCCGAAUAGGGGAGAGUGGGGCAAA